UCCCCCUCCGAACCAACCGCGAGCCAAACCCCCCGUGGGCCUCCUUCAACAGGACACCGACCGAAAAGCGCCGAACUCCGGCCCCCCUAUCGGCCGGGUAGCAUCCACACCGGAACGGCACCCGCACAGACCGAACCCGGCCCAGACCCCAAUAACCCGCGGCCGGCAGGGGGCCCCUCCUAUCCCUCCCCCCCCCCCCCCCUCCCAAAAAAAGAACAGACGACGAAGAAGAAGAAGAAGCGACAAUGGACUUCGCGCCCUACCAGUCCUCGCCACCGGAGCACGGCCGCUCCCCCACGCACAGCACGACCGCCUCGCCACGCACUUCUCUGGAGAACAACAACAACAACAACAACAACCCGGGCCGGCGCGGCGCCUACUCCCCCGCCACGGGCUACCACUACCAGCACCGGCAGGCGACCAUCUCGCCGCCGCCCCUGCAGCACCCGCAGCCGCAGCGCGCGUGGUCGGGCGAGGGCGUGGGCCGCUACCAGAGCCCGCUCGCCGCGCCGGGGAACGCGACGUCCGCGGCGGAUCUGGGGGAUGGGCAUAAUGGGGGUGCGGGGAGUGGUGGUGGGAGUCCGUGGGGAGGCCGUGGUGGUGGGAUGGGGGACUACUUUUCGUCGCUGGGCGCGAGGGAUGGCAUGGUGAGCGAGUUUGAUACCAGCUUGGGCCUGCGGCUGGACUAUGAGGCGUGUUUGGCCUACUUGGUGGCGCCGCCGCUCGGGGCGAUCUUGUUGUUGAUUCUGGAGCGCAAGAGUGAUUACGUCAGGUUUCAUGCGUGGCAGUCAAGUCUGCUGUUUACGGCGCUGUUCGUGCUGCAUCUGCUGUUCUCGUGGUCCACCUUCCUGAGUUGGGUGAUUUUCCUCGGGGAUUUGGUGCUGAUCGCGUGGCUGGUGUUGAAUGCGUAUCGGGAUGCGGAUACAUUGGACAGAUACGAAGUCCCUAUUAUUGGGCGGAUAGCGAGUAGGAUCUUGGACGACGAGUAAUAACGGAGGAGGGGGAGAGGUUGAUUUUUUGUGACGAACAGCGUGGCGGCGGGGGUUUCUUGUUUUGUGAUAUCAUGUAUGCGCUAAUGUGUAUAUC